UGUGACUCAUCAGAUGCUUGCCUAUUUAAAGACAAGGGAGUGGCAUCUUUGUUCCCGCUUCUGCCUGCAGGACCCCAGAGAUCAGUUGCAGCACACAUCUGGAAGAUCAGCAUCAUGCCUGGAAUUACUUGCACCAACGUGCGUGUUGCCCCUGGGCAGCGUAUUGCUAUAAAAGGAGACAUUCCAGCAGGAGCCAAGAGUUUUGUAGUUAACCUGGGCAAAAAAGAUGACCAACUCAUCCUCCACUUCAACCCACGUUUUGAUGCUCAUGGCGAUGUGAGGACUAUUGUGUGCAACAACAAGAGUGGUUCGCAGUGGGGGAAGGAACAGCGGGAGAACACCUUUCCUUUCCAGGAAGGCAGCGUUGCAGAGAUCAUUUUCUCUCAUGACAAAAACGAGGUGACCGUUACGCUGCCCGGCAACCAUCAGUUCAAGUUUCCCAACAGCGCUGGCCAUGAAGGCAUUGAAUACAUCUGUGUAGAUGGGGACAUUGGAUUCAGGGGCAUAACACUUCUUUAACUGUCCUGGUCCUCUCCUACGUUCCUGCUUCACAAGGCAGAAAAAUAAAUUCAGCUGCAUUCUG